AUGCCUGAUCUUAACAAGUUUCACUGGGGAAGAAAUCACCCAAAGAAAAAAGCUGCAAAGGUCACAGAACCUAUUUCGGGGGACCGCCAUCGCAGCCAUCGCUCGCCGGAGGCCGAAGAGUUAUCUAGCAUUGCUGCCAGUAUUAGAUGCGUGAUCGACCUGGAGUGUCUCAGUGAGCAGGGUUCCAGCGUGUCGGACCAGGUGUCGCAUCUAGUAAAUGCCCAUCUCGUCCUAAAACAAGAAGUUGGGGAUCUGAAGAAAGAAAGAGUCAAGCCUGGAACCAUGAACCAAGAAGCACAAAAACCGAAGGCAGAAUGGAGAGAUCAAGCGGCACAAUAUUCCACUCAUAUCAGAGAAGAACACGACCUACAGGUGCAGCCACGAAGGGAGCCUGAAAUGCAAACAUGCUGCGCAAACCAGAUUAUUGAUCUGAAGAAAAGAUAUGAGAAGGAAGAGCAGAGAGUGAGUGAAGAACAUGAAGUUAAAGUGCAGGGUCUACAAAGAGAGAUAGAAUCCCUUGAGAUGCGUGCAGAAGAACAGAGAAAAGCUUUCAUCUUCGAAAAGAUAGAGCUUGAAAAGAUCCAUAAAACAAAGCAAGAUGAACUAAGGAGGGAAGAGCAACGAGUGGGUAACGAACAUAAGGUUAAAGUGCAAGGCCUACAAAGAAAGAUACAAUCCCUUGAGAUGUGUGCAGAAGAACAGGAAAAAGCUUUCAUCUUCGAAAAGAUGAAGCUUGAAAAGAUCCAUAGAACAAAGCAAGAUGAACAAAGGAGGGAAGAGCAACGAGUGGGUAACGAACACAAGGUUAAAGUGCAAAGUCUACAAAGAAAGAUACAAUCCCUUGAGAUGUGUGCAGAAGAACAGGAAAAAGCUUUCAUCUUCGAAAAGAUGAAGCUUGAAAAGAUCCAUAGAACAAAGCAAGAUGAACAAAGGAGGGAAGAGCGACGAGUGAGUAAAGAACAUGAAGUUAAAGUGCAAAGUCUACAAGGAAAGAUACAAUCUCUUGAGAUGUAUGCAGAAGAACAGGAAAAAGCUUUCAUCUUCGAAAAGAUGAAGCUUGAAGAAAUCUAUAAAACAAAGCAAAAUGAACUAAGGGAACAAUCCAAGGCCCUCGAAUCCAGACUCAAGCAAGCGCACGACCAGGAGCAAGAGCGGCUGCAAAAGUGUAUUCAAUCGAGGAACAAGGCCUUAAUUGCCCGGGAUAACUUUUCGCCAAUUACAGACGGUGAGCUUAAAUCCAUGUUUUCCGACUUGGUGGGCGAAGUGGAUGCCUUGGCUCGACUCAAGUGGACCUUGAAUGAAUCACCUUGGACGAAUAAUUUGCAAGGACAACUUUCAGACAACCCGAAACGGCUCCAGAAGCAGAUUUUGCAAGACACAAUAUGGAAUGCUCUCUUCGAAAACGUUUUCUGCAGUCCUUUCAGAGUCUUCAGAAAUGAAGGCACCGUGUUAGAGUUCCAGUGGAACAAGGCCUUCGGUGCAGACCCUAAGACGGAUAAUGACUUGUAUACUUGGCCGCAACCAAGUUUCGACGCAGAACGAUGGAGAUACGAGACUAUGAGCCAGGGCCAAGAAGCGCUGAGAAAUCUCACCUCGGAAUAUGAUCCUCGGACAAAGCUGCGGGAGGGCUUCCAAUCUUCCAUGAUGAUUAUUCGUGAGAGAUUGGGAGAGGCGUUCAUGAUGGUGUCGAAGAUUGAUGAGAAGACCGAGCAGGACAUCAAAAAGAUCGCAGAAAAGGCUGCGAACAUGUGGGUCGUUUUCGGCACGCAAAGAUGUAGGCUUUUAGUGGCCAUGAAAGAUCUGAAAACAAUAGAAGAGGUCAAGGAGGGUCCCGGCAAGCAGGAUAAGUCUGUGGAGCUAAUAACGCGGCCGGGCUUGAGGCGAAUUGGUGAUGCUGAAGGCAAAUCGUGGGAUAAGGAACAAACCGUUGCUGGGUGCGAGGGCGAAAUAAGAAAGAUUUUGUACAGCUGUCAAUAA